AUGGCGGAUGGGAACUACCUCGAACUUUUCCUUAGAGACCUAUCCGUUGUAAAUCCAUGUGGCUUUCGUAUCGAACUGGGCAACUAUAACACAACAAGUCUCUCCGAAACGGCGUUUAACUCCUACUACGUGGUGAAAAUAUGGGCCUCGCCCAACGCAGUGAAGCCUGAGCAGGGUUUGCGUUACGGACUCGUGUGGAUCCCGGAUUGGCCAUCUAUUCCUACUAUGGCCACCUACUCAGUGCGCUUGGACUUCCAUGCCUACAAAGGGCACCUGAAAUACGACCACGACGUCUCCGCUCGGCAGAGUCGCAAAGCUCAGCAAAUCGAGGAAGCGUUCCUCGCUGCAUUCCUCGCUGCACUCGAACCUCUGUUCGGGAGCAUCGCGGUAGAAUGCUUCGCCGUGUCGGGCAAGAAGUCCGCCAUCUGCGCUGUGCCUAUCAAAGGGCAUCGUUGUAGCGAGAGCCUUUCCAAUCUUGGUGCCAAAGUUACUCGAGGAGUCUUGCGCACGAGCCGCACUGGCGCAUCCUUGCCCUAUAAAAUACCCUCUCGGAUUGGAUUAAAACGCCGUAUCACAUCCUCGACCUCUACAGCUACAGCUUUAGACUCAACUUCUACGUUGCCUCUGUCCUCGACUUCGACUUUGUCCUCAAUCUCGACGAAUCUCAUCUUCGAUUAUUCGAAGGAAUACGCAAGGGAGGUCGAUGCGAACAUAAAAGUUCUACGGCUUCCUCAAGCCCUCCUCCCACUCUUCCGGGAUCUCCAUCAUUCUGUCUCGCACGACAACCUCGAGGAGAUUCUGGCAAUCCUGCCUAGCUACGGCGAGCAUAAGUUCGUCCUCCAGGAGGGAAGAGCUCUUGCUCUGAUUAAGCUCUUCAUUACUCUUCACAGGGGCUACUUCUUUGCCUGCCCAGACAACACAAUGCACAGCUGGGCCUUGGAGUCCAAGGCUAUCACACCUGUGACACGCGAAGACAACAUCAUGGGCUUCCCAUCGACGUUCGCUCCGCCUAGCCCAUUCAACUGGGUGGAAGCAAUGCGAAACGGGCUGCAAGCUCUUAGCAAGACUGUUCCUGCGAAAGAGGCGUUGGAAUUCCGCCAGACCCUCAUGCAGAAGAACGAUAAUAUCCAGAGGUUCGAGGUCUUGGGCGUCAGCAUCGAUCUGACUGCAAAACCAGCGGUCGAGAAGACACACCUCGAGGACGGUCUCUUUUCGUUGUUCCACAACUCAAUUAAUAGCUCAGAUCAUGCUUCGACCGUCGCGCAAGACAAUAAUUGCACGUCUCCUUCUCCUUCCGUCCGGAAGAAGGCGGUGGCGAAAUGGUCCGAAGACCAACGCGCAGCGAGGCUGCGGUCCGAGGACGAAGCACGGCUCAAUGCGCAACAGAGCUCGGCAGGCAAUGGACAGAACACAAUUAACGUGGCUCAGCCAGGUGCUGAGGGAGAAGUUCCCAAGAGCACUGGGAAGACCAAGGUGCUAGGGGACAAGCCCGACGAUCGCAAAGCCGGCUCUUGA